CAGUCCGUCCCGCGUCGGCCACAGCAGAGCGAGGCUGCGGCGGGAGCGGCGCCCGGGUUCGGCGCUGCCUCCUCGGCCGCCGACAGCGCCGCUCUCUUCCCGGCCAGGCUCGGGCGGCGCCCGCGUGGAUGGGAUGGAAGCGGGACCCUCGGGAGCAGCAGCUGCUGCCGGUGCUUACCUGCCUCCCCUGCAGCAGGUGUUUCAAGCUCCGCGCCGGCCUGGGAUAGGAACCGUUGGGAAGCCCAUAAAACUCUUAGCCAAUUACUUUGAAGUGGACAUCCCCAAGAUCGAUGUCUACCACUAUGAAGUUGAUAUCAAGCCCGACAAGUGCCCGCGCAGAGUCAACAGGGAGGUUGUGGAAUACAUGGUCCAACACUUCAAACCUCAGAUCUUUGGAGACCGGAAGCCAGUAUAUGAUGGCAAGAAGAACAUCUACACCGUCACUGCCCUGCCGAUUGGGAAUGAGAGGGUUGACUUUGAGGUGACAAUUCCAGGUGAAGGCAAAGACAGGAUAUUUAAGGUUUCUAUCAAGUGGAUGGCCAUCGUGAGCUGGAGAAUGCUUCAUGAGGCCUUGGUGAGCGGACAGAUCCCCGUUCCUCUGGAAUCUGUCCAGGCCCUUGACGUUGCCAUGAGGCACCUAGCAUCCAUGAGGUACACCCCAGUGGGCCGUUCCUUCUUCUCUCCCCCGGAAGGAUACUAUCACCCACUGGGAGGAGGUCGGGAGGUCUGGUUUGGCUUCCACCAGUCUGUCAGGCCUGCUAUGUGGAAGAUGAUGCUCAACAUCGAUGUGUCAGCAACAGCCUUUUAUAAGGCCCAACCUGUCAUAGAGUUCAUGUGUGAAGUCCUCGAUAUCCGGAACAUUGACGAACAGCCAAAGCCCCUGACUGACUCUCAGAGAGUUCGCUUCACCAAGGAGAUCAAAGGUUUGAAAGUGGAAGUGACUCACUGUGGGCAGAUGAAGAGGAAAUACCGUGUGUGUAACGUUACCCGGCGGCCAGCUAGCCACCAAACGUUCCCCCUGCAGUUGGAGAGCGGCCAGACGGUGGAGUGCACGGUUGCACAAUACUUCAAGCAGAAAUACAACCUCCAGCUGAAGUACCCCCAUUUGCCAUGUCUGCAAGUCGGUCAAGAACAGAAACACACAUAUCUGCCUCUGGAGGUAUGUAACAUCGUGGCCGGCCAGCGGUGCAUCAAAAAGUUGACUGACAAUCAGACUUCCACCAUGAUCAAAGCAACAGCGAGGUCCGCUCCAGACAGGCAGGAGGAAAUCAGCCGGCUGAUGAAGAAUGCCAGUUAUAACCUGGACCCGUACAUACAGGAGUUUGGCAUUAAAGUGAAGGAUGAUAUGACGGAGGUGACGGGACGUGUCUUGCCAGCUCCAAUCUUACAGUACGGAGGCCGGAACCGUGCCAUCGCCACACCCAACCAGGGGGUCUGGGACAUGAGAGGGAAGCAGUUUUACAACGGCAUUGAGAUCAAAGUAUGGGCCAUCGCUUGCUUUGCCCCUCAGAAGCAGUGCAGGGAAGAAGUCCUGAAAAACUUCACAGACCAAUUGCGUAAGAUAUCCAAGGAUGCAGGGAUGCCAAUCCAGGGUCAGCCCUGCUUCUGCAAAUAUGCACAAGGCGCAGACAGCGUGGAGCCCAUGUUCCGGCACCUUAAGAACACUUACUCAGGACUCCAGCUCAUCAUUGUCAUCCUGCCAGGGAAAACACCGGUGUAUGCCGAGGUGAAGCGAGUGGGAGACACGCUCCUUGGGAUGGCCACUCAGUGCGUGCAAGUGAAGAACGUGGUGAAGACGUCGCCGCAGACCCUGUCCAACCUCUGCCUCAAGAUCAACGUCAAGCUGGGAGGGAUCAACAACAUCUUGGUGCCCCACCAACGUUCUGCAGUCUUUCAACAGCCAGUUAUAUUUCUGGGGGCUGAUGUAACUCAUCCGCCGGCAGGAGAUGGAAAGAAGCCCUCGAUAACAGCCGUGGUGGGAAGCAUGGACGCCCACCCGAGCCGUUACUGCGCGACGGUGCGGGUCCAGCGCCCCCGGCAAGAGAUCAUCGAGGACCUUUCGUACAUGGUCAGGGAACUCCUCAUCCAGUUCUACAAGUCCACCCGCUUCAAGCCCACCCGCAUCAUCUUCUACCGCGACGGAGUGCCAGAAGGACAGCUCCCUCAGAUCCUUCACUAUGAGCUUCUGGCCAUCCGCGAUGCCUGCAUCAAACUGGAGAAGGACUACCAGCCAGGCAUCACCUACAUCGUUGUACAGAAGCGUCAUCACACCCGCCUUUUCUGUGCUGACAAGAACGAAAGGAUUGGCAAAAGUGGGAACAUCCCUGCAGGAACAACUGUGGACACAAACAUCACUCAUCCCUUUGAGUUUGAUUUCUACCUGUGCAGUCACGCUGGCAUUCAGGGUACGAGCAGACCAUCUCAUUACUACGUUCUGUGGGACGACAACCGGUUUACAGCAGAUGAGCUCCAAAUCCUCACCUACCAGCUUUGCCACACAUACGUCCGCUGCACCCGCUCCGUCUCUAUCCCAGCACCAGCAUAUUAUGCCCGCUUGGUGGCCUUUCGGGCACGAUAUCACCUUGUAGACAAAGAGCAUGACAGCGGAGAAGGCAGUCACAUAUCUGGCCAAAGCAACGGCCGAGACCCUCAGGCCCUUGCCAAGGCCGUGCAGGUUCAUCAGGACACUUUACGUACCAUGUACUUUGCUUGAAAGCCGAAAUUUUUUACCUCACUCCAGAAAGCUUUCAGAUUUGUAGGAGCCAUACAGAAUAUUUUAAAGGAAGCAUUGGGAGCACCUUGGGGCAUCCCACGAGAAAUCACUGCAGGGCGCCAACAGCGUUGGAGGCAGGAAACCAGCACCCUCCGGGGCAAAUGCAAGAGAGCCGCUCGCUCGCUCGCUCGACCGGACGGACACACCUUCUUCAGUAUCGCAAGAGAGACUGUCUUUGUUUUUCGGGCGUUCCGAUUCCCUGACCAAACACGGCCGCAGAAGGGAUCCGACUUCCGAUUCCAAACGGAACAGGUUUUGGGGUGGGGGACCGGGGGGGGGGGGAGGGAGGGUGGAAACGCAAUAGUAGACGCUGGGCUGUGGAACGCUUGGGUCCUCCGAUGCCAAAUCAAAUGCUGGUCAGGUUUUGUUUCCUUAUUAUUUGGGGCGGGCGGGUGGGAUUAUGGGGCAAAGGGACUUGUAGAGCCUUAAAACAGAUGACUAGAUUUAUAAAAACUAAUAUUUUAGGAUACAAAAUACUUUAAUUGGUGAAGAGAGAAAAAAAAGAAAAGAAACCAGUAGUGUAUAGAUGAAUUUUAACACUGUUUACUCCUCCCCGUUAAAGAAAAAUAAUAAUUUUUUCCCCUUUAUAUAUAUAAUAAUAAUAACGCAAGGCACCCCCAGCACUUACCACGAAGCUGAGAAGGAUAAUUUGUCUUCCAUCUGUUUUGAAAGUGGGUUAGCUGCUGCCCUUUUGAUGCAACGGUGGCAUACUUAUACUUAACUGUGGGCGAGUGCCUUACCGCAAUGCUGCAAAAACCUUGACAUCCGUUGACAAAGCAAGCCAUCUCCAUGGUGGCCUCGAUCUCCCAUCUUGAAGGUGUCAGGAGGCCUUUGGAAGGCUCACAAAGCUUACCGCUUCAUAUUCGCUCACAGCCUCAUGAUGGGUUAAAAUUCUGUGCACUUUUAGCAUGACAUUAGACAUGGGAGAGCUGCUGAUAUCACCUGAAGUUGGUUUUUUUCGUUAUUGCUUCCCCUUUUUAAUUUUUUACACUUCUGACAAAAUGGAGUACGUCAGAGAGCGAACGUUUGCCUGCCAUGUAAGCACAAAAAAGAGAACUCCAUUAUCAAUAGAUGUCCUGAUUUUUUUGUAUCUACUGAUGAUUUUUUUUAUUAUCAAGUGUUAUUUUUGUACAAUGACCAGGUUUAUUGCCAAAACCUCUCAAAUCAUACUCGUCGUAUUUCCUUUAUUGUGUCUCCCUGCUGUCCCGAGCUUGCCUUUGGCCUGUUUGUAAAGCACACGAGGUACAUUUUUGGUGCUUUUUUGGGUGACGCAUAGACAAACGUUGGAAUGAAAUAAAUGUUUUUGCUAUGAUGAUUAGUUGGCUUGUCCAGGAAUCACAGAGCAGUCCAUCGAAUUCUUAUUAUAUGUCAUAGAGUAUUAGUUUACCAACUCACAGAUUGGCAUCUUCAUAUUCUUUGGUCCUUUUUGUUCUACAUACGGAUAUAGCAUAAUAUCUGAUCUUGGAAUUGUCCCUUUAUACUCUGCUUCACAAACCCAGCAGCUUCAUUCUUAGAUCGGAAUAUGAAAAUGCACUUUGCAAUGAUAUAGAAAUCACGUUUGAUUUUGUGUUGACAAAAUAAUUCUUCUGUGACAGUGAUUUUCAAGCUCUCUCUUGAGCAGUAGGCAUCUCAGUUUGGACAAAAAGAAGGGGUUAUUCGUCUCAUAACAGGAAAGUUAUUUCUGCUUUAGUACAAAAGCAGACGUUGCAAGAGGAGAAAACGCCAUGUGUACUCAGACCACAUGCAUUUUUUUCAGAGUUUUGUCUUAAAGAGACUUCGAAAAGAUCAAAUGGGAGAAAAGAUACUUGAACUUUGUUUGCAUUUUGGGUAGUCGUAACCCCUUUUUUGUAAGCACAUCUUCCGAAAGGAAAUGCCGAGCAGCUCUUGUAACUCCCAGGAUCAAGUGAAAGACCUUCUUUUCUAUAAAUCCUUACCUCUCGUGUUGACACGUCCUCCCAAAUGCCACUUUGAGACAGAAUGUUAACCCAUCACAAUGCUAUGCAAAGAAAAAUGGCCAAACUCUGAAUAGUCUUUGACACGGCCUGGGCAUUAUGUUUCUUUUCAACCAAGAUCCAAAACAGGCACCAAUAGCUUGCGCACAGCUGGUAGGAUUCCUGGCUCGGAGCCUCUGAGUCCCAUUUCAAAUUCCAAAAGACUUUUAAGGGUUCCUCUACAGCACUUGAAGGGGAGGGAGGCAUGGUUGCAUUUGCCUGUUUUGUCAAGCACAGGUCCAAGGUGCUGUCGGCUAUGUCGUGUGUGUUACCCAGUUCUUUGGAUCAUUGCCUUUUCUCUCUUCAGCCCCUCCUUAGAAACACACCUUUUUAGCUUUCACUCGGCACAGUCUUCUGGGCAAAAGCAUCAAUGCAGAAGAGCCACCGUUGCUUAACCAAGUGCCUGCCUGAGUAACACAUCAACAGCUUCCACAGCGAGAAUCCAGUUCAUAAUCACUGCCCCUGCCAAAAGGAAACUAUUGAGCAAGAAUACAUUCAUAUUUUUGUUGUUGUUGAAAUGGAAUUCUGAGAUUAUAUAUUUUUGGGGCAUCUCUUUACACCGACUGCCUCUUUUUUUUUUCUUGGAGUGGGAUUCUUGGUUCCACCACCAGCAUGGCGACCAACAUGUUUGCUCUUUCAGAUUCUGAAGCAUUUUGAGCAAAAAAUGAGUGGCUUCUGAAACAUUUGCAGAACAAGGAAAAGGGGAGGGGGAAGCAAAACACACCACCGCAUCUAGAAGAAGCUGGCAGCUUUGUACAAAUUGCUUUAAAACAAAUGCAAACCUCCAGGACUUGAACUGUUACCAGUGGACUCUUUUUCCCCCCAGACUUUUGCACUCCGGUCAUUAGAUUGCUGCUUUGAACGGAGGAGGUGCUUGGCAUGACAUGAGCAGCUAGGAGACAUGCAUACCUUUCAAAGCGCUUUCUGGCCCCGUCUUCCCCCUCCCUCCCUCCCUCCCUCCCUCCCUCCCUCCCUCCCUCCCUCCCUCCCUCUCACCUGGUGCAUGCAGAGUUUUCACUAAGUGCCGUAAAUGAUGUCAUUGCUGCACUCUCUAUGGAACAAAGUUUCUGGGCUUUGGGUAUUUCUCCUUCUCUUUUGUUCGUUUUUUGUUUAGAUGUUCUAAUAAAUGGGCUAGACCUACCUGCAUGUUCUAUAUAACGGAGGCUUCCCAGUUUCCCCCGCUUAGCUUUGGCAAAACCGUGUGUCCUGUCUUCUUGAUAGUCAGAGAGAGCACAUAAGGGAGGAGGCGUCCUUUCCUUUGUUUUCUUUUGCGCUUCUGGCCGCUGCAAGGCUCCGUACGAGACGUCGGCGGAGAUUCAUUAUUUUCGGAGCCUUCCACCUUGCACCUUAGUCUGUAUUUUGUCGUUGUGCCUCUUUCCUUCCGCAGCUGGAAACGUUGCCAAAUUCCCAAAGGGUGCGUGAGUGUGUUUGUGUGUGCCUGUGUGUGAGCGAGCGGCUGAGAUGGGAGGAAGCAAAAUGAUGUAGCUGUUGUUGGCUUAUUAAUAAUAUGUUUUACCUGCACUGCUGCUAGUUCCAAUUUAAUGCUUCGGUUUGAACAAAGAAAGAGAAUCUUCCCCAACCUACUUUCCCUCUGGAUGUGUUGGAAUACCCAAACCCCAUCAUCUCCAGGCCAUAGAGCUGGCGACCAUACUGACCGGGGAUUUUUGGAAAUGCAGUCCAAGCUAUUGCUGGAUGGGGUGAUAGGCAUUGUAGUCCAACACACCUGGAGGAAACCAGGUUGGAGAAGGCUUGAAAGAGAUGUAAGUGGAGGGAGUCUAUGAAUGCUAGGUCAUGCUUCUUGAACCAUGUUGACGGUAAUAUAAAACCUGGAUCUGAAGAAGUCCAAUGCCUUUCCCAAAUGUCUUGCAGUUAAAUGUUCCCAGUGUCAUGCGCUGAACAAUCUCUGACUUCCAGUCUGUUUCAAAUGCAACUUGGCAUGUCAUGGAGAUGGGAGCAGUUGUCAUUCAAUGGAAAAAUAAUAUCAAGGCUCUUGGACUGGAUGGAACGACUUCCAUGGUUCUGUUCAUGUCUAACUUGAAAGAUGCUGCUUUGCAUUAUCCCUAACCACCAGCAACGUUGGUUGGAGGUGAUGGGAAAUCCAGCAAUGCCAGGCAGGGAAAAGGCACAGGUUUUCCAUUGCUCGCUCUCCCACAGAAUGCCAAAACUCCAUGGAUAGGAUUUGAAAUACAGGUAGUUGGGUGACUUGUAGGUAGGUGCAGGUUUUUUGUGUUACACAGCAGUCUUUAGGCAGAGGACAAAACAGGAGGCAAAUACAUUGUUAUGUGUUGUAGGCCCUCCACGUGUGCUGGGGUUAGGGGCAUGGGACCCUUACAGUAUGGAAAAAUGGUGCUAAACCCCACUCCCUAUUAUUGCACCUGUGUAGGAAUCUGAAGGACCUAGAUAUUGCAGGAGCAACUUUCUCUCUAGGAAUCUUUCGGUCCUUUAGCACAGUUCUGUGGUCAUCUUCUUGUGGAAGUUGACUCUAGACUCCCAUUGGAGGACCUGUAGAUUUGAGUAACAGAUACGCAAAUGUGGAGUUGACUGUAUAAUACUUGGGCCAAAAUCCUUAGAGUAAACCAGUUCUCUUUGAUUUAAAGAAAGAGCUGUGUUCCCAUUUAGUUCAGUAACUCAAAACUUGGCCAUUAAUCUAAAGCAGGCAUGGGCAAAUUUUGGCCCUCCCUCCAGGUGUUUUGGACUUCAACUCCCACCAUUCCUAACAGCCUCAGGUCCUUUCUUUUUCCCCCUCAGCCGCUUAAGCGGCUGAGGGGGAAAAGGAAAGGGCCUGAGGCUGUUAGGAAUGGUGGGAGUUGAAGUCCAAAACACCUGGCGGGAUGUUUGCCCAUGCUUGAUCUAAAAGAGACACCAUGCCUCCCUCUUGUGUUCCUGUCUGCUAAUUUUGGGGACCAAUCAAGUGACAACAGUCCAUAGAUCUUACAAUGAAGCAUAAUCUCAGAAAGAAUUCAAGACUCCCUCCUCUUCUCUUUCUCUCUCUCCCCUCGUCCUUGAUUCAAAAAGCGUCUUGGCAGCACGGUGCAAACUCGUUGUGUUUCUCCGCUCGACAAGAGAAGUGUGAGCGACACAGCAGAACAGCAAUAAAAAAGUAAAAAAAAACCAUUAUCACUCCUGCGCAUGUAAUUUUGCACUUCCAAAUAAUUGUGAAAGUUUUAAAACUGAUGGCGAUUCUGGUUUGCAUUCAAAACCUUUUUUUUAAAAACCUGUUACGAGGAAGUGUUGAAGUGUAAAUAGAGAAUGUUCACAAAACACUAUUGAGUUGGCGUUUUGUUUCCAUUUGUGUUUUUUAUUUGAAACUGAACGUUGUAAGGUCCGUUUAUUAAACAGAUUUGAACAAC